AGACUUAGCUAACUGUGGUCAAUGUUAAAAAUCGGGAAGGUGCCCGCGAACACUGACGGCCCCGUCUGUUUUUGUUUCCUGAAUUCGCGCCGCCGUUCGCCCCCAUUUCGGACGCCGAAACCCUAACUCAUCAGUUAGAUUCCACAACUAAUCUUAACGCUCUCUUUAAGUCGAAGAUAAUUUAAGUCAUUUCCUAUUCGAUCUGAGUCAGGGUUCCUGAUGUCUGCGAACUUGGAAGCUGUUCACUUGCAUCCUGAGAACGUUUCAGUUUCUAGGAGUAGUGCUGAUCAUUUAGAUGAGGAAAAUGGAUCUGAAUCAGUCAAACCUGUGACUGAUGCUGGAACUUGUGUAGAAAAUUCUGGAUUAAAGGGGGGUGAAUAUAUGGUAAGUGAUGGAAAAUAUGUGGAACAUGCUACUCUUGAUGUGAAAGAAUGUGUGCAGGAAUAUAAAACAGAGUAUAAGGUGAAUGAUUUAGUAUGGGGAAAGGUGAGUGGUCAUCCAUGGUGGCCGGGGCAGAUAUUUGAACCUUCCGCCGCAUCUCGGAAAGCGAAGAAGCAUUGCAAGAUCGACAACUACCUAAUAGCCUAUUUUGGGGACCAUACAUUUGCAUGGAACGAUGCUUCCCGUAUAAAACCUUUUAGGAUCCACUUUGAGCAACUGGAAAAACAGUCCCAUUCAGAAAUCUUCUGUCAAGCAUUAGGUUCUGCAUUGGAUGAGGUCUCUAGGAGGGUUGAGUUAGGUCUCUCUUGUCCUUGUUUGCCAAAUGAGGUCUUAACCAAAAUUAAAACUCAGACCGUGGUUAACCGAGGAGUCCGAAAGGAAUCAUCUCAACGAGAUGGUAGCGAUGACCUGUCGACCAGCAGCUCUUUUGACCCCCAAUUGCUUAUUCAUCAUCUGAAGUCAUUAGCAAUCACCCAGUGCAAUGAUGGUGGUGGUUGUGCUGACAGGCUAGGGUUUGUGGUGACAAAGGCUCAGCUGCUAGCUUUCAAUCGCUGGAAGGGUUAUGAUGAGCUGGCAACGAUUAGAGAAUGUGGCGAGCUGUUGGAGAUCAAUGAUGACAUGUCAGGAAUGCCAAGUUUGACUGUGGAACCAAAGCAGCACUUUGAGGGUAAUGAGUUUCUACAGAAGAAACUGAAAUUGGAGAAAAGUAGCUGGAAAACAGCAACUCUUUCUUCUGGUAAUUUUAAAAAGAGGAAAGAAAAUGACCAAGUAGAAGUGAAUGAAGUCAUAAAAAAGUUCAAACAUUCCAAUGGUGGUAAUAAUGAGUCUAAACUGUCUCCUAAGAAGCUGCUUUUUGGGAUAGGAGAGCGAAUACAGAGGGCUGCAAUUCAACUUGGUGGAUCAAGUCCAGUUCUCAAGUCUCAUACAGAGCUCCCUCCAUUAAAUGAGGUGCUCUCGAAGCUCUCGUCUGCUGCAACAGAUCCCAUGAACAGCAAUACCUUGGCGGGCCCGUUUUUUAGUUUUUUCAUUGAUUUCAGGGAUUCAUUUCUGAAACUCUCCGAUUUCAGAGGACAUGAAAAAGGGUCAGAAAAAUCUGAAGAACCUUCAGGACAUGUAGUUAUGGAGUGUGACUCUGAGGAUCCAUCUGGUACAGUGGGGAAGGGAGAUGUGGAGGAAGAGUCCUCACCGACUGCACUGAUUCUUAACUUUCGAGACUCGGAGUCUGUACCUUUAGGAGGGGAACUGAACAAGGCAUUUAGUAGGUUUGGUCCUCUGGAUGAGUUGUUGACCGAAGCAAAAGGUAAGAAGAGAAAGAGUGCAAAAGUUGUGUUCAAGAAGAGAGCUGAUGCUGAAUCUGCUUUUAGUAACGCUGAUAAAUUUAGCACUCUUGGGCCAUCGCUCAUUAGUUACCGUCUUAACUAUCUUUCAAAGGGUAGGAAAUCUGAAGGCUUUUAGCUGCACUUGACUUAGAUGGGACUGAUAUGAUCUGUCAAUAGUUGUCCAUCCUUGUUGUUUUGCUUACUCUGUUUUGGCGAGUCCAGAGGCAAUAUUAGGUAAUCUAUUGAGAAAUUAGUUCCUUUUUUUGCUAGCAUGUAGACCAUAUAGACUACAGAAUUUCAAUGGCCAUAUUGCUCACCCGGAUUUGAUUGGGUAGGACUUGUCUAUGUAUAGUACGGAACACUCCUAGAAAACCGAGGUUAAUGUGCAUUUUGAUUCAAAGGUUCAAUUCGUGAAAAAUCAGGAAAUGUAUCAAGAAAAACUGCUUUAUUGACCAAUUUUGAAGUGAACAUUUCAUGUGUGCAAGGUUAUUGAUUUUUUGUCUUUAAUUUUGCAAUAAAUCAAGUUCUCUGUGUUUGAGAUAGAAA